AUGGACCAGCUCACGGCGAGAGCAGGCCGGAUUCAGCAUGUGCCUGCUGCUUGCUUAUCAUUGCUGACGGUAUUUAGGAUUACAGGUAGCAGACGACGCACUCGACGUCCGCCGCCGUCCACAUCAAUCAACACCUUCAACUCGGCGGCAUGGCGCGCUGCUGGCACUUGGCUGUUCAUCGUCGCCGACGACGAGCAAUUGCCACCGUUGCCUCGCUCAUACGUUGCCGCAACGCAGCAAGUCGCGCUUCAACAUGGUCGCGUUGUGGUUGGCCAAGAGGGCAAUCACCACCUGGACGUACAGUACCCAGCUCCCAUGCCGAAGAGGAAGACCAAGCAGCCGCAGCAAGCGUUGAGGGCUCCUUCUCAGGUGUUGCAGCAACACAGCGUCGACUGUCACGGGUUUACGCCGCGCAAAUCUCAGCGCCGCGAGGCAACCCCCACCGCCCGCGCUCCCACGAGCUGCUUUUUUCACGGUCCCCCCAUGCAAGCCGCAGGCAAAUUCACGACUUUGCUCGACGAUGUCGUCGAAGCCGGGCGUCACUCGCGCUCUUGCCUCCGACGCCCCGUAGCGCUCGGCUCACCUACCUCCAGCUCCAGCUUCCACCCCACCUACCUCCCAGCCAGCAUGGGCGACCGGUACCGCAGCGCGCAGUCGCCGCGCGACAGCAGCGGCGGCGUCUCGGACGAGCGCUUCGGCAAGCUCGUGUCGGAGACCAGCAAGGGCAUCUCGAGCUUCAACCAGCUCACGCGCAGCAUCGCGCAGAAGAUGUCGCUCUUCGGCACGCCGCAGGACUCGCGCGCCAACCACACGCAGAUCACGGAGCUCACGGAGAAGGGCAACAAGCUCGUGGCCAAGAUCAACCGCCGCCUGCAGGAGCUCAACCGCGGCACCAAGGGCCCGAGCGGCCGCGCGCGCCGCACGCAGAUCAACAAACUCUCGGCCGACUUUAAGAACCAGGUGCGCGUGUUCGAGGAGACAUGCGAGCGGCUGGUGGAGUCGGAGCGUCAGUCGGUCGAGUUCAUCCGCCGCUCCUCGCAGAGUUUCAAGGGCGGCGACGGCCGCCAGAACCGUGGAGGCGCCGAGUUCACCAACUACAGCGAAGACCAGAUCUACGCGCAGGCCAACGUGGUCAUCUACGAUGAGGACGGUGCGUUGCGAGUUGUUUCAUCCUUGUUGCAGGUAGUAUUGAGGUCUCACUCGAUUUGUAAUGUUGAUAAUGCAGAUCUGCAGCGGAGAGAGGACGACAUUAUCCAGAUCAACCACCAACUGCGCGAGGUGAAUGCCGCCUUCCAGGAGAUCGACGGGCUUGUGCAGGACCAGGGCGAGAUGGUGGUAGAGAUUGUGGAGAACACCGACACGGCCAAGGACAACGUGGAGAAGGCUCUGGAGCAGGUGAAGCAGGCUGAGCAGCGCAGGAAGUGCUGCGCCUGUUCAAAGAUGAAGCUCAUUUGUAUCGCCAUUUUCGCUCUGCUUAUCUUCAUCGCCGUCAUGGGUAUCAUUUUCGCUGCCAAGUAG